GACUCCAGCCAAAGAGCAGUUAACUUGGUAAUGGGCUAAAAUGAGGCCACCGUACUCUGUACGGUCUGGAGAGGACAGCGUGGGAGGAACAAAUUGUACUUUGCUGCGGGAGACUCCGGAUAUGCGAGGUCGCGGAGAAAGCAGGUCCGGCUAGAGGGGGAUACCAGGUCCGCGAACCUUCCUUCCACCUGCUGAGGCCCCGGAUGCAGCCAUGGGCUACCAGGGGCAACAGCCCGUCGUCCUGCCACAGCGCGAUCUAGAUGACAAAGAAACCCUCGUUUCUGAACAUAAGCACAAAGGGAAAACUUGUCGUCAGUCGGCUGCUGUUUUUAAUGUUGUCAACUCGAUUAUAGGAUCUGGUGUAAUCGGAUUGCCUUAUUCAAUGAAGCAAGCUGGCUUUCCUCUGGGAGUAUUGCUUUUAUUCUGCGUUUCAUAUGUUACAGACUUUUCCCUUGUUUUAUUGAUAAAAGGAGGGGCCCUCUCUGGAACAGACACUUACCAAUCUUUGGUCAAUAAAACCUUCGGCUUUCCAGGGUAUCUCCUCCUCUCUAUUCUACAGUUUUUGUAUCCUUUUAUAGCUAUGAUAAGUUACAACAUAAUAACUGGAGACACUUUGAGCAAAGUUUUCCAGAGAAUCCCAGGAGUUGACCCUGAAAACUUCUUCAUCGGUCGCCACUUCAUUAUUGUGCUUUCCACGGUGGCUUUUACUCUGCCUUUGUCUUUAUACCGAGAUGUAGCAAAGCUUGGAAAGAUUUCUCUUACUUCUACAGUUUUAACAACUCUGAUUCUUGGAAUUGUAAUGACAAGGGUAAUUUCAUUGGGUCCACACAUACCAAAAACAGAAGAUGCCUGGGUAUUUGCAAAACCCAGUGCCAUUCAGGCUAUUGGUGUUAUGUCAUUUGCAUUUAUUUGCCACCAUAACUGCUUCUUAGUUUAUGGUUCUUUGGAAGAACCCACAGUAGCUAAGUGGUCCUGUAUCAUCCAUGUGUCCACCUUGGUUUCUGUAUUUAUCAGUAUUCUCUUUGCUACAUGUGGCUACUUGACAUUUACUGGCUUCACCCAAGGCGACUUAUUCGAAAAUUAUUGCAGAAAUGAUGACCUGGUAACAUUUGGAAGGUUUUGUUAUGGAGUCACUGUCCUUUUAACGUACCCCAUCGAGUGCUUUGUAACUAGAGAGGUAAUUGCCAAUGUGUUUUUUGGUGGGAAUCUUUCAUCAGUUUUCCACACGAUCGUAACAGUGGUUAUCAUUACUGCAGCCACGCUCGUGUCGUUGCUGAUUGAUUGCCUUGGAAUAGUUUUAGAACUCAGUGGUGUGCUCUGUGCAGCUCCCCUAAUUUUUAUCAUUCCAUCAGCAUGUUAUCUGAAACUCUCUGAAGAACCGAGGACACACUCAGAUAAGAUAAUGUCCUGUGUCAUGCUUCCCAUUGGUGCUGUGGUAAUGGUCGUUGGAUUCGUGAUGGCUGUGACAAAUCCUCAAGACUGCACCCACGGGCAGGAAAUGUUCUACUGCUUUCCUGACAAUGUCUCUCUCACAAGCAUCUCAGUUUCUCAUUUUCAACUGACAACUCCAUUUUCAGUUUUAAACCUCAGUAUCUUUCAAUGAGUGGACUGCUUUUAAAAAUAUGUAUGUUGUCAUAGAGUUCUAAACCGCAUGAUAACAUUCACACAUGUUUUAGUCUCUAUAGUAUACAAUUAUUACUUUGGCAUUAAUUAAGACUUGGCUUUCUUUAGUUCAAUAUGAAAGAUAAGGAGGAAAAAAGUUGAAUGUAUUUUUAUCUUAAAAUGAGACAAAAUAAAUGUUUUGUUUUCAUGAUGGCACUGAUCUUAAUUGCAAAAGGAAACGUAAAGCCUUUGGCAUUUGCUGCCAUCUUCUCAAAGCAUUAUUCUCUUAUUCAAUAUGUGAGCCAAAGUAUUGGAUUCUCAAAUAAGUACAUGAUUAUGGGUUGGAGUUUUGUAUAUGUGUCCUUUAUGGGGAAAAAAACCACACGCAAGGUUUGUCUUUUAAAGUCUAUGGAAUUGAAGGGAAGGGAAACGUUAGAGACAAUAUUCUGAAAGCAAAGUGAAGCUCUCCAUUAUAAUUUCAGCAGCAUCCUUUAUUUAGACGGAAGUGAAUCCCUGGAGAAAUGAGUGAAGUCUCUCCCAUGUUAAGAGCAUGAAUAAUAGACUGACUGUAUAGAGCAAGGUGUGUGAGGAAUCAAAAUUACCUCCCAAUUUGUGAUCCUGUAGGAAUAUGACGGUAGUGCCAUUAAAUAAAUUAUAAAA